CGUUUAGAACAUGAAGGUGUGAAGAGUGAACGAAAGGCUGGAGUAACAGAAGCUAUUUGUAAAGCAUUGAGAUAUCGAAAAGCAUCUACAACUUUGAAAGAUAUUCUUACUAAGUAUGAUGAUAUUACUGAAUGGCAUCCUACUGGCAUUGGGUGCAUUGAUUGA